CGCCAAGUGGGGACGCGCGCGGUGCAGUGUGUAUCAGAGGGUAAGGCCUCGGAGGCGGCUCCUCUACCCCGGGCUCUUUCGCUCUCAGUCGUCCGAAAGUCCGAACGCAGCUCCCAGCUUCUCUGAAAGCGUGAAAUGCGGCUCGCGCCCCUGUUCCAGCUCGGGCUUCGCAACCCGGUGUGUCUACUCUCGCCGGGCUGGAGCCCCUUCUUACCGGAUUUUUCAGUUUCUCAGUCACAUAAACGGGGGAAUUUGGGGAAGUCCGGGGCGGCCUGGAAACUCACCGUAAAGGAUCCUCACCAAACCCGACGGGACGAAAGGGUGCUGGGAGCCCUCCACGGGGGACUGGCCAAAGAAGAGAUGGAGGAUCUGCGGCCCCCUUGAGCACAUUGCACUUUCGCCGCUAGCCCCCAUCGGCUAGCGCGCUCUCAACUCCCAGCAACAGGCCUGUUAUCCACGCGGAAGGGCGAAAGCAGACCGCAGCCCUAAACGUCGGGUGGGGGUGAGGCUCCUUGCUGGGGCAGUCCGGCUCAGCGCCGUCUAGAGGCCCGCUCUCGGGAGCUGGGGCCGGGGAUGUGGGAGACGCGCUUCUUCCUUCCCGAGACCGAGUCCUGCGCACGUCCGACCGCGCUUUGGCAUCGCAGGCACUUCCAGGAGCCCGGCUAAGGCCCAGCCUUCGCACCUGUGUGCACAAACCCUGCCCACUGACCUCUGGUGAAUCCCCCCAUGGUUCUAAUGCUCUCUUGUGCUUCCUGCCACUCUCCUCCCACCCCAGUCGACCUCUGGCAAUCACCAUAAAAGCCUUGGGGUGAUACCUGGUAACUCUUACCGCCCCCUUUGACUUUACCCAUCCAGACUGGCCGUCGUGACCCCCCACAGCCUCUAGGCUGCCGCUUACGGACUGAAGAAGGCCCCCAGUUUUGCACUUUCCUUGAUGGAGCCCUGGUGGGAGGGGAGUGGGAGGGGGUGGGGGGGUCGCCCCAGAAGUCAGGCAGGGUCGGCUGCGGGAGUGGAGUUUGGGUUUUGAGCGCGAGCCCAGGCCGGGAGAGCGAGUGUGAGCGUCCAGGGCUGGAUUCUAGCGGCCCUCCCCCACCGUUCCCGGGCCCUCGAUCACGUGGCCGGCGGGGCCGACAGGUAACUCGCCCAGAGAGGGCGGGGGCCGGUAGCCGCCCCGCCCCGCGGGGCGCCGCGGGCGGGUCUCAGCAGCGCCCACUGCGCCAGCCGGGCCGCAGGUGCCGCCCCCAACACACGGUGUCCCGCCCCAGCCGGGCCGCGUCUGCCGUCGGUCGGUGCGUGCGUGCGCUUCGUCGGUCCGCGUGUGUCUCUGGUGGAGAGCCCCUCUCCUCUGCGGCCAUGACUCCGCCGCCACCCCAGCCGCCGCCCCCAGGCCCGAACCCCACUGCAGACUCCGCUGCCGACCCCCGUCCCGGGCCUGGACCCCUGGUCGUACUGUUCGGGGCCACGGCCGGUGCGCUGGGGCCGGACCUGGGUUCCGACGAGACCGACUUAAUCCUCCUAGUCUGGCAAGUGGUGGAGCCGCGGAGCCGCCAGGUGGGGACAUUGCAUAAGUCACUGGUUCGCGCCGAGGCGGCCGCGCUGAGCCCGCAGUGCCGCGAGGCGAGCGGCCUGAGCUCCGACAGCCUGGCGCGGGCCGAGCCGCUGGACAAAGUGCUGCAGCAGUUCUCACAGCUGGUGAGCGGGGAUGUGGCUCUGCUGGGCGGGGGCCCCUACAUGCUCUGCACUGAUGGGCAGCAACUGCUGCGACAGGUCCUGCACCCUGAGGCCUCCAGGAAGAACCUGGUGCUCCCCGACACCUUCUUCUCCUUCUACGACCUCCGCAGAGAGUUCCACGUGCAGCACCCGAGCGCCCGCUCUGCCAGGGACCUCACCGUGGCCACCAUGGCACAGGACUUGGGGCUGGAGACAGAUGCCACAGAGGAUGAUUUUGGGGUGUGGGAAGUGAAGACAAUGGUAGCCAUCAUCCUCCACCUGCUUGAAAGUCCCAGUGGUCAACUGUUUUUGAAGCCUGAAGUGGUGAAGCAGAAAUAUGAGACAGGGCCUUGCAGCAAGGCUGACGUGGUGGAUAGCGAGACUGUGGUUCGGGCUCGUGGGCUGCCCUGGCAAUCAUCAGACCAGGACGUGGCUCGAUUCUUCAAAGGGCUCAAUAUUGCCAGGGGUGGUGUAGCACUGUGCCUCAAUGCCCAGGGCCGCAGAAAUGGUGAGGCUCUCAUCCGCUUUGUGGACAGCGAACAGCGGGACCUAGCACUGCAGAGACACAAGCACCACAUGGGCAUCCGCUAUAUCGAGGUGUAUAAGGCAACAGGAGAGGAGUUUGUGAAGAUCGCAGGGGGCACAUCGCUAGAGGUGGCCCGUUUCCUGUCACGGGAAGACCAAGUGAUCCUGCGGCUGCGGGGACUGCCCUUCUCGGCUGGGCCAGCAGACGUGCUAGGCUUUCUGGGGCCAGAGUGCCCCGUGACGGGGGGCGCUGAUGGGCUGCUCUUUGUGCGCCACCCUGAUGGCCGGCCCACGGGCGAUGCCUUUGCCCUCUUUGCCUGUGAGGAGCUGGCACAGGCUGCAUUACGCAGGCAUAAGGGCAUGCUGGGUAAGCGAUACAUUGAACUCUUCCGGAGCACUGCAGCUGAGGUGCAGCAGGUCCUGAACCGCUACGCCUCCAGCCCACUCCUUCCCACCCUGACUGCUCCACUGCUGCCCAUCCCCUUCCCACUGGCAGCUGGGACCGGGAGAGACUGUGUCCGCCUGCGAGGCCUGCCCUACACAGCCUCCAUCGAAGACAUCCUCAGCUUUCUGGGCGAGGCGGCGGCUGACAUUCGGCCUCACGGUGUGCAUAUGGUGCUCAACCAGCAGGGCCGGCCGUCCGGGGAUGCCUUCAUCCAGAUGACAUCAGCAGAGCGGGCCCUAGCUGCUGCUCAGCGCUGCCAUAAGAAAGCAAUGAAGGAACGCUAUGUGGAGGUGGUCCCCUGCUCCACAGAGGAGAUGAGCCGUGUCCUGAUGGGGGGCACCUUGGGCCGCAGUGGCAUGUCCCCUCCGCCCUGCAAGCUGCCCUGCCUCUCACCACCCGCCUACGCCACCUUCCAGGCCACCCCGACCCUCAUUCCCACUGAGACAGCAGCUCUGUAUCCCUCUUCAGCACUGCUCCCAGCUGCCAGGGUGCCUGCUGCACCCACCCCGGUUGCCUACUACCCAGGGCCAGCCACUCAACUCUACAUGAACUACACAGCGUACUAUCCCAGCCCUCCAGUUUCCCCCACCACUGUGGGCUACCUCACCACACCCACUGCAGCCCUGGCCUCUGCUCCCACCUCCGUGUUGUCCCAGCCAGGAGCCCUGGUCCGUAUGCAGGGAGUCCCAUACACAGCUGGUAUGAAGGAUCUGCUCAGCGUCUUCCAGGCCUACCAGCUAGCCCCUGAUGACUACACCAGCCUGAUGCCUGUUGGUGACCCAGCUCGCACUGUGCUACAGGCCCCCAAAGAAUGGGUGUGUUUGUAGGUGAGGGAGCCAAGAGGUAAGAGCUGACUGAUGUCCUCAGCUAAUGGGACUCUCCUGACUCCAGAGAACCAGCGCCCUCAACCUGGUGGCUUCUUUCUGGCUUUUCAAAAUUCUCAGAAGGCCCCCAGAGGAGAUCAAGCCCCAGCUCCCCCUACUUAUCACUCUGCCUGUCCACAUCAGAGAUGACGGCUGGACCCUGAAUGCAGGGCUGGGAGUGAAAUGGUGCUACCCUGUUCCCAGUGGUCGGAUCUGGGCUCCUUAAGUAGCACCCAGAGAGCCUUUGUUCUGUUCUGGCUGUGGCCCGUGCCUACAGAUUCUGGGGGGCUGAUGUCCACAGCAGGCUUGGUUUCUUUUUAAAAAAUGUAAGCCCUGGUGCUUUCAGUGUAUGACUCCAGGGAGCUUCUUUCUGAGUAAAGAUACCAGUGUCCUACCUUCCCCUGUCCCUCCUGACGGGGCGCAGGGCAGCAGAGUGCUGGUCCCACUCCCCAGGAUACUUGGACCUCAGUGACCACAUGGUGCCAGGGGUGGUCCCACCUAAGGAUGCUGGCCCCCCUGGAGCUUGGCACAAGGAAUAGCAGAUGGCAAAAACCACACUGUUUCAAUGGACUGUACUGCAGUAUCCCCAGAGGACACUAGGGGGCGGGAGGCCCCCACAGGAAAACUCAGGCUUGACUUGUAAAGGGACUUCUGCCUUCUUUUCAUGCACACCUUGGGCAGGUCAGUUUUCCUGAACUCAGCAGACACCUUGGGAUGUCCUUUGCACCCACUGCAGGGUGCCCAACUGAAGCUUCAGAAGGAAUUUGGAAUUCUACCCUUUCCUCUGUAAAAUAAACGUUCCUAACCAAAUGGA